CAGUCAGAUAUGGCUCGUCGUCCGAGAGGGUCGGCGCUGAUGCUGGCGGUAACGAUCGUUACGCUCAGCUUAGCGAGCUUAGUGAAUCGGUGUUCUGGCGCAAGUGAUGAGCUCGACGAUCUGAACGCGGACGAAAGCAGAAACUAUCGGGAGUUGUUGAAUUUGCCGAAAUUCGGGGAUCGUCUGGCACCCCGGAAUAGGCCUCACGCCGCCGUGGAGGACGUCGCGAGUGUGCCUGGAUCAGUGGCUGGCGGCAGCAGUGGGGGAAUCAAGUUCCGUAGACAACCGGGAGGUGUGGGAAUAAGGCCGGAACAUUCGGCUGGAGUGAGCUAUCGAAAUGCUGGCCGAUUGGCGGGUCCAGCUGGAUCCGGGAAUCAGGGAGAAUUUCAUACGUCGUUGCCAAACGGUUUCAAUGAUAUUAAACGAAGUGAUGUAUUUGUGACUAGUGAAUCGAAAAAUCUACUGGAAGAUAGUGAUGAGUUCUAUACGAUGGCAGAUGAUAAAACAGAUCAACCCGCCACUGAACGAGGGAUAGAUGAGGUGAAAGAUGUUGAUGAAGAUUACGGGGAUGUGCAGGGAAGAAGUGCUACGGGCAGCAUUGAGCAACAUUCGCUGUUGUUGGAUGAAAGUGACAACAGUUUGGCGCUGCUUCAGAAUGUUAGUGGUGGUUACAAUGCGUCUUCAGCGCAAGCUCAUCGCUUGGAAAUGUCGACCGAAUUCUUUGUAGUGCCAUCGACAGCUUCUCCGAUAAGUGCGCGAUCAACAACAGUGCGUCCUGGAGGAGUGGUGUUAGCUGCUCGUAAUCCUCCGGUGCAUAAGUUAAACGUGACUCCUCCGACAAUUGUUUCCACUAGCUAUCCAAGUGGAUUACGAAAGGAACCUUGGGUUGUACCGGUCCUGGUACUGGCAUCUCUGUCGAUGAUCAUGAUGGCUGCAUUCGAGAUAUUUGUUCUGUGCAAAGCGUGGCGAACAUCGCCAAGCCGCCGACAUCUGUUCCUGGGUCAAAUGCUACUCUUAGGACUGUUUGCCUGUUCAGGUUUGGCAGCAGUUCUUACAGUGAACCCUACCGUACUAUCGUGUGCUACAAUGCGUUUCGGCGCUGGUGUUGCCUUUGCCUUAGUGUUUGCCUCACUACUAGUGAAGUGUGUAUUUUUGAUCAGUCUCAACGGAGGAGUUUAUCUACCAGCUCCCUAUCAAGGGCUCCUCCUCCUAUUUGCUGUACUCAUCCAAGUAGCCGUUGGAGCACAAUGGCUUCUAACAUCUCCACCCAGUGUAGAUCAAGUACCGAUCAUGGGGAGUGGAACAGCUAUAUCGAGUCGUUACCACCUAGUGCUUUCAGCCGGAGAACUCACCCAUGUGAAUCCCACAAUUCCUUUGUGCCACACAACUUUCUCAGAACUCCUGCUAUCCCUAAUCUACGUAGUGUUCCUUAUAAUAUUUGUCGCUAUCCUAGCCAUCAAAUCGCGGGGUAUCCGGGAUAACUAUCGCGAAGCCACCUACAUCGGACUGGCAGUCGGUGGAAUCAUACCCAUUUGGCUAGGUUGGACUCUGUGCGGUCUGGCCGUAGCCGAUCGACAUCGGGACGCCUGUCUAGCGUUUGGACUCGUGGCCACGGCCUCGACAGUGUUCUUAGUGAUGUUCAUGCCCAAGGGUCGCCAACUGGCGGCCAUGGGCAAGGAAGGCCUGUACGUCGAAGAUCGAGAAGAACGGUUCAGCUCCCUCAGCAGAGCUGGUUCCGGAUAUUCACCGUCAUUCUUCCACUUCAAACCCAUCAAGUACGGGGUCAUGGGCACCUCACCGACCCUACAAACCAACACCAACGGAACGGUCGUAGGAACAACUACAACAUCGAAACACCAAGCCGUAGCAACAUUAGGCGGAGAUCGCGUUGCACUAGUUACGGCCGCACCCCCGAGCUACUCGCCCCGCAUGUAUCACUACUUUCCAGCACAUCUGACGCACCCGUUCUGCUACUACCCUCCACAGCAGGCGCGGUACCCAGGUCUCUUUAUGCGUCCGGACGAGGCCAACCUCUACACGACCCUGGAGCAAACGAUGAGCAGUAACCCGAACGUGUACUUCCAGCGGGGCGGCGUGCAUCCGGGCAUGAUGUAUUGAAGAGGGACUUCAAGCGUUCAAACCUGCACCUGCUGCUGCAAAUCUACACAGUGAUUUCCCCGAGAACGACCUCGAUUUUUAGGAAGUCUAGUAGCACCCUAGGAGCCUAGGUUGAGAUCUUCACGACCCCACCCCCAGUAUACAGUAUACGAGGAGGAGCAGGACGCUACUAAGUAGAGUACUAGGAAGUAAAAAAAAACACACGAAUGCUCGUUAGAAUAAGUAUUCCAGCUUAGCCGUUACGGAAAAUUUCCAGAGGAAUUUGAGAAGCAACUGGUGAAUCUAAAUACCGGGGUACGGCCAACAAUUACCGACACCACCAACAUUUGAGAAAGCCGGCGAACACCCCCUCUAAAUCCUCCCGGAACGAAGCACAACAAGUGAUUUUAGCGAGUAAGGACCAAAAUUUCCCGGAAAGAGAGACAUCGAGAGAGCGAAGCAAACCGGAUGCGUCGAUGCAUUCGGAAAUGCAGCGAUAUAGUUUUAGAAAAACACUACGAUUCGUACUAGCCUUAGUUUGUAGACGCGAGCAAAUGCAUGAUUAAGGCUGAACCAGUUCAGCUUCUAGUUGCAACAGCCCUUAAGAGGAGAAGAGAUGACAAGUACGAAAGACGGGAUUUGUAGCAGGAUUCAACCGUUUGAGUGGGGAAUGCUGCAAUCACUUCAUUAGAGUUUAGAUUUUUGAGUAAAUGUGAUCUCGCUAUCCAGUAAAUUGAACCGGCGUUAUUUCAACCUUUGGAGGAAAUCUGGCUAUCGAACUAUGGGAAGGAAAAUAAAUCAAGCAUCAACCAGCAUCCAGAGACAAAUUCAUCAAUCAUAUUUCUACAUUCGGGAAAUUUUUGAAUCAAGGGAUCAUUCAAAUUUGCCGACAAAACCAUGUUUUAGUCUGGAUCUAUUCCACUUUAAGUUACAGAUUCAGCUGGAAUAUAGUUCAUAGAACAUAAUGUUAGACCGAAAGAGCGUGAUUAACUGGAUGUUCUUUGUAAAAAUUAUAUGUUUAUAUUUUUAAUCAAAUAAAUUUAGAUGAAUCAUUUUAUUGGCCCGGCAUAUGUUUUCAUUUUCAGUUUAUAAUCUUAAAAGUAAAAAUUAAAUUUGAGUUCAUAAUGUGUUUCAAAUGAAGAAUAUAUCUAGAUUAGGACUCCAAUCACGCUCUUAGACUAUUAUUUUGCAUAAUUUAGAGUAAGCCGAAAAACAACCAUGUUCAAAUGUAAGAAAGAAGAAGACAAUGAAACUCUCUCUGUGAAAGAAUUUAUUAUCGAAUAUAAAAAAAACAAAUAAAAACUAGACUUUGAGCUAUAAACUGCAAGCUCCUUCGAAAAGAACACUAGCUAAGCUGCCUAUGAGUAAUCUUAAAUAAUAAGAAUAAACGCUUAACGAUUAGCUGCUUCCCUAUCGAUAAUUACUUUGAUCUGUGAAUCACUGUGUAUCACUUGACGUAUGUAAAACUUUUAAUUUAUCUUCGAAUCACGCAGUACGUUAGAACCAUCGUGGAAAGACUUAUUUGUCAUCUUAGGACGAUAAUCUUAAGCUAGAAAAAUUUACUAAACUAACGGUAGAAGCAACGAAAAUGACGCAAAAACAAUAACAGUAUGCUAUUAAGAGAAUGAAAGUUUGUGUAAAUAAUAGAUGCUAGCAAAGAGAACGAUAAAUUAAAAAUAAAUAGAAGUAUGUUUUACAUUUAAUAAAGAAA